AUGCGUUUGAUUCUUGUAUUUAUCGUUCUUACUCCAUUUAUUGGACUAUGUUCCGGUGCUUUGACGGUUCUUCAACAGUUACUAGAUAGAAAUGAUUAUAAUCUUAAAUGGAAAUAUGGUACUGCACAAACAAUUAAAUGGAUUACUAUUCAUAAUACUGCUAAUAGUGCACCAGCUCAAAAUGAAGCUACUUAUCUUAAUAAUCGUCGUGACAGUCAAUAUAUUUCAUUUCAUUAUGCAGUUGAUAAUAUUCAUGCUAUUCAAUUGUUACCAGAUAAUAUUCAUGGUUGGCAUGCAGGUGAUGGUAGUGGUGAAGGUAAUAAAGCCUCUAUUGGUGUUGAAAUUGCACAAUCAACAAAUACUAAUGAAGCUCUUAAAAAUGCAGCAAUAGAAAAUGGAGCUCGAUUAGCUGCAUUAUUACUCAAACGUUAUAAUUUUGGUGUUGAUCGUCUUCGUAAACAUCAAGAUUGGAGUGGUAAAAAUUGUCCACAUGAUAUUCUUGGUCGUUAUGGUUGGACUAAUUUUGUUAAUUUAGUUCAACAAAAAUUGAACACUGGUGAUUACUAA